UCGUCAAGGAAGAAUCUGGAGGAUAUGUAAUAAAACUAAAACUAAUAUGUAGCAUGCUUCACUAACCAGUAAAAGCAGUGAUACAAUCAGAACGAUUACCAGGACCGGAAACGGUAUCAGCGAUGAAUUCAUGCUAAACAUGGGUACUCGGGCGUGGAGUGUUGCUAGCCUCGUGUACAAUUUCGGUGAGCAGGCUGAAUUAGACUAUCGUGAGCACUCACCCAUCGUCAGCAAGAAGCGCAGCAAUUUGAGGGUGAACUCCCAAUGCAGCACUCCCAGGUCAGAACUGAUGGAGGAACCUCCACCAAUGGCAGCAGUUCCAGUGCACGAGACGAUAGCCAAUAUUUUCUGGCGGUCGAGCUUGAGCUUUCAUGCAUACAUGCAUGGUGACCCUCGAGUCUGCUUUCAGGAUCUGUGGCCCAAAGGAAAUAAGUUAACACCUCUGCUGCUAGAGUCUGUCUUUUCUACUGAUCUGAGGCAGUCUGUGCUAGACCUUUGUCUACUAGUGCUGCGAUGUGGACCAGUUGAUGUUCUAAAGAUACUAAUUGAUGGGAAGAUUUUAGAUAUUAAUCAACGAUUUUACAAUGCGGUCAGCAUGUUGCAUGUGGCUUGCAUAUCCAGAAACCUCGAUGCUGUUGUAUUUCUCAUGCAGAGAAAAAUUUCUACAAAGUUGAAUGACCGGUUAGGAAGGAAAGCUGAAGAUGUGUGUUUUUGUCCUCGUGUUCGGAGGGCAUUGCUGUAUAAGUAUGUGCUGAAGACACCACCAAAAGACAAGAUCCAGCAGAAGUCCAUUCCAAGCCUUCAAGAAAGGGAUUCGUUGUUCAGUAUGGCUGCCAAACCAGAAUGCUGUGAUGAGCUACUAUAUAGGCUGCAGAUGUAUGAGUUCAAUAUCAAUUCAGAGAAAGACGGAGUAGGUGAUUGUAUGAUACAUACCAUUACCAGGCAAGGUCUGGCACAGCUUGCUCUUCUUUUGAACUUGGUUGAGAUGUUUGAUGUGAACGUCGACAUCUGUAACUCUGACGGACUGACUCCUGUUGCUAUUGCUGCCUGUUCAGGUGACAGCAUAUUGGUCGACUUGUUGCUCUGUGUGUUCGGUGUGGAUCCUAAUAGAUUCAAUCCUCACAACAACUGGACAGCAUUACACUAUGCAGCUAGUAUGAACCACGUAGAUGUUACCAGUGUGCUGCUGACUAGAGGAGCCGACGCAAACAUCGAGGAUGAGAACGGGGCCAUGGCAGAAGACGUGGCUGCGAAGAGCCGGGCGUCGGACUCCAGAGAGCUCAUCGAGUCUCACCGGCUGCAUCGUGUGCAGAGCUUAAUGCGCCUUGUCACACAGGAAGAUCUGAAGCCAGGAAUUGUGAAAACAACAGAUCUGUUUUCUGUGGACCAGCAUGGUAGAACCCUAAUUAUGGUUGCAGUCAUAUUUAACAGGUGUGCCAACCUACGCAUCCUGUUGGAGAUGGACAACUGUCCGAUUAAUGCUCAACACCCAAAGACUGGACGCACUGCACUAGUGAUAGCUGCUAAUGAGGGCCAUGUGGAACCAGUCAAAAUCUUGCUCAGAUACGGAGCGGAUGCCAGUAUUGGCGAUGUUGGUGGCUACAUUGCAUUGUGGCAUGCUGUGGAGAACAUGCAUCUGGAGGUUGUGGAGACCAUGCUUCAGUUUUCUAAGUGUCUUACUGGCUUUGCCCCAACGGGCCCUUCCAGCUGGUCCGCCCAACACCCUACUCGUCUAUACAGGCCACAAUCGAGACAGUUGGAGAUCGUCACACCGAAGCUGUUCAGGUGUUCGAUGGUCGGCGAUGCAGAGUCGCUCUACUGCUUACUGGAAGACGGUGACAACGUGAACCCUCGCAGUGGGGUCGGCGACUGGCCCAUGUACCUCGCUGCUGAAAAUGGCCACAUCGAAGUCAUGAAACUACUCUACGAGCGAGGGGGCGAUGUUGCGUCUGCGCAUGCGUCUACGCGAUGCACUCCGCUGCACGUCGCAUGCGCACGCGGCCACCUGGAGGUUGUACGCUACAUGCUGCAGCUGUACGGUGACAGCCGCCGCGGAAGCCAGGUGACUCACCAUCAGGGCCACGCCCGUGAGCUCAACAUCAAUGCCAGGAACAGCCAGGGUUUCACCGCAAUGCAGCUGGCUGCAGAAAAAGGUUACAGCAAGAUAGUGAAGCCUCUGCUUGUGGCAGGUACAACGACAGCUCUUUUAGAUCGAUCGGGAAAUCUGUAUGCUUGUAACGAGUAUCAAGGCGUACAGGUGCUGAUUGAGACAUUUCGAAAGAGGCACAGCGAUGAAGUUAUGAGCUGCAUUCGUGACCGACAGGCUCUGCGCCAGCUCAGCAGAAUAUGGCAGACGCGGUUUGACCACAACCUGCGAGACAGGAAGGGCGACACUCCACUAAUGGUUGCGUGCGCAAUGUCCUCGCUGGAGAUCAUCAAGUUUUUGUUGGGCAAUGCCGUGUAUGACGUCCGUGAUGAGGAUGGCAGUGAUUUUUCCAGCAGGACACUGUGGGAAGAUGAAGACGAGGCUCUGUGUAGUGACUCCGGCAUGGUGGUGGACGGCGGUCACACGCUCACCAGUCACUCCCCACACUGGCUGCACGCACGCCGCAGCGCGAUCGUCGACGACGGCAGCUCGUCGGACAGCGGUCCCGACGCAACGUCGAAACCCGUGAAAUCCUCCUUCCACGAGUCGCUGAUCUAUCGACCUGAGACGCGCGGCCGGCCCGACCCCGCCGCCGCGACGGACAUGCCGGCGCGGUUUAGUCAGAGCACGAGGGGCUCGCGGUGCGGUUAUAGGCCCACCGCGAUUCCCGCCAACGUCAGGAAGGACUUCAUGACGAGCACGCCCGAGUACAGCGGGCCCGCGCCCUCCAGGCUGCAGGUGCUGACGCAGGGUCUGCGAAACGUGAGCUUUCGCAGCAGCGACACGGACGAGGGUCCGCGCGAUCACCGUGAUCAUUGCUCCACGGGCGGUGGCGGCGCCGGCGACGCGGAUCCGCCCCGUCGAGCUCUCGCCGCGGAGACGGCGGGUCCGGCAUCGAAGAACAAGCGACAGGAGUUCAUGCUGUCGUUGCCCGUCAGCGUGGGAUCGAAUGCGCGAGGCCGUCGCGUCGUCUGCAGGGACUACGUUCCCGAGCGAGACAGACGCCCGGCGAGGCAACCGGCGGCUCGAGGAGCGGCCGUCGAGGCGUCGUGGAUGUGGAACCCGAAGCAGUACCAGCCGAGGUUUUUCGUAGACGACAGCUUUAGCGAUCGCGAUGCCGCGGAGAAUGUGGUGUGCAGGAGCCAGAGCACGGUGGCGAGGAGUGCGAUGUACAAUCUAUCCGGCUACUUCCCCAACAUCAGCCAUCUGAACUCCUCAAUAUUCUGUAGAGGAGAUAGGAUAUCGCAUGUGUGCGGAGCAAACCCGCGCGACGGCUGCACGCCGCUGCAACGCAUGCUGGAGUACAGGGACUCAGUGCAGAUCCUCAAUGCGCUACUACAAGCAGACCCAAGCUGCGUCAACAUUCAGAACAAGGAAGGCUUGACAGCACUGCAUAUGGCUUGCAGACUCGACCGCAAGCGGGUCACCGAAAAACUUACAUCACUUCCAUACAUUGACCUCAAUCUAAGAACUCUUGACGGCAAGCUUCCAGAGGAAAUGACCAACAAUAAGGGUAUGAUUAGACUCGUACGAAAAGCUAGAGAAAUGGACUCGGACCUCAUGUCGUCGCUCCCCUCACCCUCUCCCUCUGUGUCAGCCAGCACUGUGGGUGGGUCAAGCAUCGACUUUGAGAAGUUGAACAACAGAUUCGUUGCUCUUAAGAAGUCUCUACAAAAGAAGUGACAGUUUGUCAUUCUGAUCAUUCGAGAUGUGUUUGCAGCCUAUCCUGAAGCAGAGGGAAUAUAUGACAUGUAUAUAGCAUUCCCACUACCGCUAGUGCUGCCAAGACCAUUCCUUAUGUUCAGUGGCACUGCAUGAAGGUUUGUGUUAAUAUAUAGGCCUUAAUAGGGUCAGUGAAGUUAUCUCCCAGUUCCCAGUUCCUUAUUCGAAUAAGGAACUAUAAUAACUAGGCAAAGCAGUUACCAGUUCCUUA